AUGUCAGUCCCACGGGCUCGGUUACUAGAGCUCAUGAAGGCUCAAUGCCAGGUCUUCGCGACGACGUAUAACCCCGAUGGAGUUCGCAUGGGCAACAAGAUCCUGCGCCAGCGAUUAAAGGGUCCGGCGCUGGCGGCAUACUAUCCCCGAAAGACCGUCACCUUCAGAGAUCUUCAGAAGGAGUUUGCGCCAGAGCUGAUCGCCGACGAUGAGGUGGACGACGACCGCUUAGAAAGCAUUGCCGCUUUGAAGGCACGCGGGAAGGGAGCACCGAAGAAGCAGAGAGGACCACCGGGUGCAGCGGAUGCGAAGAAGAAAGGCAAGAAAUAG